GCGGGCGCGGAGCACUCGGCGGCGGCGGCGCGGGGUCCGCACCAUGGGCGGCGGCUGCUGGCGGCUGCUGGGCGUCCUGAGCCCGCUGCUCCUGCACCUCGCCGCGAGCCAGGAGCCCGUCAGCAUGGCGGGACAGUGCGACACCAUCUACAAGGGCUUCGCCGAAUGCCUGCUGAGCCUGGGGGAGAGCAUGGCCCAGAGCGUCCGGCAGCAGCAGCAGGAGGAGGGCGGCGACGAGGCGCAGGAGCUGGACGCCAUCUGCAAGUCCUGGGAUGAUUUCCACACCUGUGCCAGCGAGGUGCUGUCGCGGUGCCCCGUGGAAGCGGCCACCGUGUGGGAGUCGCUGCGCCAGGAGUCCCGCAAGAUCCAGUUCCAGGGGAACCUGCAGGAGCUGUGCAGCGCCCGGGGCCGCCUGGCCAGCGCCCAGAGCUCGCCGGCCUCCGAGACCAACCAGGCCACGCUGCGGGGCUCGGCCGCCGCCCUGCGCCCUCACCCGCUUGACCCGCUGGCCCCGCUGGCGCUGCUGGCGCUGCUGCUGCCCCGGCUGUAGCCCCGCUCGCCCUCGGGUGCCCAGGUGAGGCCGGGCCCGUUCCCCCGGCUGCCCGCCGGUCCCCGCCUCCCUCCCGGGCAUCCCUCGCGGGGCACGGUCACUCCUGCAGCACUUCAGAUGGAUUUAUAUUUAUAUUAAAAGACACUUUUACAUUUC